AAGAGAGUGAGCGCGCAGGCGUAAGAGAGUGAGCGCGCAGGCGUAAGAGUGAGUGCGCAGACGCCAUUGGUAGGACUCACGGAAAAGGGAAAGGGGGGGGAUGGAGCCCCUGGGAGCUCAGACGUGCUGGGGCUGUGGACUGGGAGCCGCUAGAACGCUCUCCGGGCUGCACAUCCUGCAUAUUUGACGCUCCGUGGAGAUGCCCAGCCGAGGUGCGCGACCCGAGGACGGCUCCGGGCUGGUCCCUACCGACAACUCGACCCAGCACAAGGAAGAUCUCAGCAACAAGAUCAAAGAACAAAAAAUUGUUGUGGAUGAACUUUCUAACCUGAAGAAGAACAGGAAAGUAUAUAGGCAGCAACAGAACAGCGACAUAUUCUUUCUUGCAGACCGAACAGAAAUGCUUUCUGAAAGCAAAAAUAUAUUGGAUGAGCUGAGGAAAGAAUACCAAGAAAUAGAAAACUCAGAGAAGACCAAAAUCAAGAAAUAGUCAACUUGAUUUUACAUAGCAAUGUGUGGCAUUUGUUGUGCAGUAAGCUUUUCUGUUGAGCAUUUCAACAAAGAUUUGAAAGAGGAUUUACUGUGUAAUCUUAAACGGCGGGGACCCAAUAGUAGUAAACAGUUGUUAAAGUCUAAUAUUAACUACCAGUGUUUAUUUUCUGGUCAUGUCCUUCACUUAAGAGGUGUGUUGACUGCCCAGCCUGUGGAAGAUGAAAGAGGCAAUGUAUUCCUGUGGAAUGGAGAAGUCUUUAGUGGAAUAAAGGUUGAAGCUGAAGAGAAUGAUACGCAAAUAAUGUUUAAUUAUCUUUCCUCUUGUAAGAAUGAAUCUGAUAUUUUGUCACUCUUCUCAAAAGUCCAAGGUCCUUGGUCUUUUAUAUAUUAUCAAGCAUCUAGUCAUUCUUUGUGGUUUGGUAGGGAUUUUUUUGGUCGUCGUAGCUUGCUUUGGCAUUUUAGUAGUUUGGGCAAGAGUUUCUGCCUCUCUUCAGUUGGCGCCCAAACGUCUGGAGUGCCCAAUCAGUGGCAAGAAGUUCCAGCAUCUGGAAUUUUCAGAAUUGAUCUAAAGUCUACUUCCAUUUCCAAAUCUGUUGUUUUAAAAUUGUAUCCUUGGAAAUAUAACUCUAGGGAGGAUGUUAUCAAAGAAUGUGUUAAUAGCCUAACUCAAAUUUCAGCAGAUUUGCCAACAUUUGUAUCAGUGGCAGCAAAUGAAGCCAAACUGUAUCUCAAAGAACCUGUUGUCCCUUUAAAUAUGAUUUUGCCACAAGCCGCAUUUGAGAUCCAUUGCAGUAGCAUUUCCAGCGUCCCACCGUCAAGAGAGACCCUUCAGGUCUUUCUUACUGAUGGACACAUGAAGGAAGUAGUUCAGCAGUUCAUUGAUGUCCUGAGUAUCGCAGUCAAGAGACGUGUCUUGUGUUUACCUAGGGAUGAAAACCUGACACAAAGUGAAGUUUUGAAAACUAGUAAUAGGAAAGCAAAUGUUGCAAUCCUAUUUUCUGGGGGAAUUGAUUCCAUGGUUAUCGCAGCGCUUGCUGACCGUCAUAUUCCUUUAGAUGAACCAGUUGAUCUUCUUAAUGUGGCUUUCAUGACUAAGGAAAAGACUAUACCAGCUGGUUUUAACAAAAAAGGGAGAAAAGAGAAAAAUAAUUGUGA